UGCUGCACUGCGCCUCACCUUUCUCUCACGAUUCCAUUCUCUCCACCAUGACAACCUAGAAAAUUGAGUUGUCUGUCUUGAUCAUAGCAUACACUGGUGCAAGGAAAUCUCGUUGCUCCUGUCUCAUUCACUCAAAAGAAAAGAAACAUUUCAUAAAGGCGGAUUUACUGUGACCCUCUGCACCUUCUACCAGAGGUGUCUAUACGUUGACUGAGGUGCCUUCCACUGCCUCUUGCCCAGUUCCCACCUGCCCACUCUAUUAGCGACAGCACCUGCCUGUACGUACCUGCCUUACCUUACAGUGCACCUCCUCCAUUUGCCUUACCUCACCUCACCUCACCUUGCCGACCGACCUUGCACCUGUCUCUAAGGUAGGUUCCGCACCUGCUUGGACCAGCCCGCCGCCUCCACCUUCCUGGUCUUGUCUUUUGUUCAUGCAAGAUCUCUUCCUUGCCAACAUUUUGUCACGACUUGCUUCAUCCGCCCAAGGCAACAAUUGCUCGUUGCACCCGCCAUUUCCUGGGUCAAUAACGCAGCCUUCCGUCAACCCUUGUAUCGCUUGUCGCCCUGUCGCCUACCUGCCUCUGCGGCACCCACUCCGUCAUCGAAGCAGCCCUGGCGCAAAUCGCCAGUCUGCUGCUUUUCCCUGACUGGCAUCGGCUCCUCUCGCACUUCCCUUCAUCCCGCAGCACAUAGACCAUGAGCUACAACAACGAUAUCCACUCGCCGAACGAGAUGGUGGUGGACACUGACGAGUACGUCGGCGGCACCGACUCAGAGAAGGAGCCUAUUGCCAUCAUCGACCCUGACAACCUCGACAAUGGCGCCGAACAGCUACAGGACCUGCCUCUAGCAAAUGACUUCGAUGCUAUGAAGGAUGUCAUUUUCCCACACCUCCACGAAGAGCCCGAAGUGCUCGAAGAUGUAGUCAACACAUGGACUGUCGAAGCAUGGCGAUCAAUGUCAAAGAAGGAACAUGGUCCUGUAUUCCAGGCUGGCGGCUUUCCAUGGCGCAUUCUUCUCUUCCCUCACGGCAACAACGUUGACCAGUGUUCCAUUUAUCUUGAGCAUGGAUUUGAGCCGACAAACAUUCCCGAGAAUUGGAGCUGCUGCGUGCAGUUCGCGCUUGUGUUAUGGAACCCGAACGACCCGACUCUUUAUACCCACCACACGGCGCACCACAGAUUCACAAAGGAGGAGUCAGACUGGGGCUUCACUCGUUUCCUCGAGCUGCGAAAGAUGUUUAACGUGCCCUGGGAGGGCGGCAGUCGACCACUUUGCGAGAACGAGACUGCCAACAUCACAGCCUAUCUCCGCCUUGUCAAAGACGAAACUGGUGUCCUUUGGCACAACUUCAACAACUAUGAUUCCAAGAAGGAAACAGGCUACGUUGGCCUCCGCAACCAAGGCGCCACUUGUUAUCUGAACUCUCUUCUUCAGUCUUUGUACUUUACCAACGCAUUCCGAAAGGCCAUCUACGAAAUUCCAACAGACCACGAAGAGAGCAUGGGCAACAGCGCAUACACUCUGCAGCGUCUUUUUUACCAACUACAGACCUCUGAGCAGGCUGUCGGAACGAACGAGCUGACCAAGUCCUUUGGCUGGGAAACAAGACACAUUUUUGAGCAGCAGGAUGUUCAGGAGUUGUCGCGAAAGCUAAUGGAGCGUAUGGAAGAGAAGAUGAAGGGUACUCCGGCCGAGCACGUUCUCCCGCAGAUGUUCAGUGGUAAGAUCAAGACGUACAUCUCCUGCGUCAACGUCGACUACGAGUCCAGCCGGGUCGAGGACUUCUGGGACAUCCAGCUCAAUGUCAGCGGCAACAGGAACCUCUUGGACAGUUUCAAGGACUACGUCCAGGUUGAGAAGAUGGACGGCGAGAACCAGUACUACGCCGGCGACGAGUUCAAGCUGCAGGAUGCCAACAAGGGUGUCAUUUUCCAGAGCUUCCCCAACGUCCUGCACUUGCAGCUGAAGCGAUUCGAAUACGACAUUCAACGAGACACCAUGAUGAAGAUCAACGAUCGAUACGAAUUCCCCGAAACCUUCGACGCAGCGCCGUACCUCUCUGAGGAUGCUGACAAAUCAGAGUCGUGGACGUAUCAGCUUCAUGGCGUCCUCGUUCACAGCGGUGACCUGAACGCCGGCCACUACUAUGCAUUCCUCAAGCCUGAAAAGGAUGGAUGGUUCUACAAGUACGACGAUGAUAAGGUCACGAGAGCCACGAUGCGUGAGGUGCUUGAGGAGAACUUUGGCGGAGAAUACAAAACGCAUCCCGCCAACCACUUGCGAGCACCUCUCCAGAAGAAGGCCCCGGUCGUACGCCAGAACAGCGCAUACAUGUUGGUUUACAUUCGCCAGUCGCGCCUGGAUAACAUUCUUUGCCCGGUUUCUAAGGAGGACAUCCCUCUCCACCUGCGCUCAAAGUUCGACGAAGAGACUGCUCUCAGAGAGGCGAAGCGCAAGGAGAAGGAGGAGCAGCACCUCUAUAUCGGCGUCAAGGUCAUCACGGAGCAGACCUUCAAGAAUCACGGAGGCACCGACUUGACAUCGUUCGAUGCGGACCAGGCUGAUGGCGAUGCGGCGCCACGCUCGUAUCGCGUACUGAGAGCUUCGACAAUGGAGGAUCUGGUGGGUACUAUCGCGGCAGACCUUGAGCAAGACCCUCGCAAGGUUCGCCUCUGGGUCAUGGUUAAUCGCCAGAACAAGACAAUCCGCCCUGAUCAGCCCAUUAUGGAUCUGCGACCUACGGUUGAGGAGGCCUUCCAAAGGGCGGCUGCACACCGAGAUCAGUUCUUGAGAGUCUGGGCAGAAGUGGCAGAAGAGACAACACCAGAGGGCGAGGCAGUGUGGCCCACGUAUCAAGGCCAGCUUAAUGGGGUUGUCGUCAAGAAUGACCUCAUCCUGAUCUUCCUCAAGCAUUUCGACGUGGAGGCUCAAUCUCUCUAUGGCAUUGGCCAUGUCUACAUCAGCAAGGAGAAGAAGGUAGAGGAACUGGUCCCAAUCAUCAUGAAGAAGAUGGGAUGGGGCGAGAAGCUGCCAGGUGACGAGAAGAUUUCCCUUUGGGAGGAAAUCAAACCGACCAUGAUCGAAGCCCUGAAGGCCAAGCAAUCUCUUAAGGCUGCGGAAUUGCAGGAUGGCGACAUCAUUUGCUUCCAAAAGACCACGGAACGCAAGGGCGACAGGAACAUCCUUGAAAAGCGUCUGGGUCUGGGCGACAAGCAGGCAGCGGAAGAGCCUGCCAAGAAGGCCGACCGCUUCGACGAUGCACGGGAGUACUACGACUUCCUCCACAACAAGAAGACUGUCAAGUUCCACGCGCACCCGACACGUUGCAAUGCUGAGAGAUUCCCUCCCUUUGAGUUGAUCCUGAAUUCCAAGAUCAGCUACGACAUUCUUGCAGACCGCGUCGGCGAGAAGCUCGAAGUCGACCCUACACACAUCCGCUUCUGGACUGUCAACUCAGCCACAGGUAACCCCAAGACGACUGUCAAGCGUGGCGUCAACCAGAGUCUGCAGCUCAUCUUGAACCCCUCCGGAUACAAUCAACUCAGUUCAAGUCAACGAACCGAUGCAUUCUACUUUGAGGUAUUAGACAUGAGCUUGGCUGAGUUGGACACCAAGAAGAGCAUCAAGAUCACUUGGCUGAGUGAGGGCAUCACGAAGGAGGAGCAGUUCGAUCUCCUCGUGGCCAAGAACGGUCACAUUGAGGACCUGAUUCAAGUCUUGGUCCAGAAAGCCAGCAUUCCCGACGAGACGGAAGGAGGUCGUAUUCGCGUAUACGAGACCAGCAGCCACAAGUUUUACCGUGAACUCUCGCGCGAUUACCCCGUCAUUAGUAUGAACGAUUACACCAACGUUUUCGCCGAACGCGUACCCGAGGAAGAGAUCAACGACGAAGAGGCGACCAACUUCAUUCAAGUGUUCCAUUUCCAGAAUGAGCCUAGCAGGGUCCACGGCGUUCCUUUCAAGUUCAUGCUCGUCGAGGGUGAGCAAUUCGUGGAUACAAAGAAGCGCCUGGAGAAGCGGACUGGUAUCAAGGGCAAGAGUUUCGAGAAGAUCAAGUUCGCGGUGGUGAAGAGAUCUCAUUUCUCGAAGCCACAAUACCUUAACGAUGAUGACGAGUUGUGGAAGAUUGCGACGAAUGACGAUGAUUACCUCGGUCUCGACCACGUUGACCGAACACGAACGCUUAGAAACGGCGUUGGCGACCUCUUUUUGCGGUAAUGCAUGGUGGCUAGUCUUCUGCAGUCUUGGAUGCCGAAGGAACGUGGUACCGAGAAGAUUUAGAGUUUUUGUUCGAUGCAUCCAGAAUCGAUAUCGGUACGCCGUGGUGAUACCAGGGAUGAGCGUGAGGUUCCGUUAUUCAGGGUCUAUAGCAGCAAGAAGGCUCGGUUUGGUUCAUGUCUGUCUGCGUCCAAAGACGUCUGGAUGGCAUGCCAAGCGGAUAUCAUAGCAGACCUCUGAUGCCCGGGCAUGCUCUUCCGAUAGAGAAUAGGAUUCUUGUAGCUCACUUUUCAAGAAAGGUGGAAAACAUUGAUAAGGCAAAAUUUGGCAACG